AUGGCUUCCCCACAUGCCAAGGGAGCUUCGCGCUCAGUGAGGUUCUCCGACACGCGAGAAUACGCGUCCCGCCCCGACCCCCCGACAUCUGGCCCCGAGCCACAGAGCGAUACAAGUGAAGACGAGAUUUCUGAAAAUGAAGCCGACGUAAAACUUCUUCCCUUGAAGUCUCGCGAUCCAACAUCCUCAUCGUCGAGCUCCCGAAACCCGGCUUCGAUCGAUGUACCCGAUAACGAACGCGACACCUCGAAGCGCAUUGAGGAACUUCUUGCGGCGGAUCGCAAUUUCCUAACCGAUGCAUUCGAUACAGAUCUGGAAGAUGGGGACUCCAGGCCUUCUGUUUCCCUCAGCGACGACUAUGGAUUACCAUCAGAUAAGCGAUUGCUGCUUGAACGCGCUGGGGGCGACGACGAUAAGCGCUUUCACUGGCGGUCGCUGUUUCGUCUGCACUCGUGGUGGAACGUUCUUGCCAUGUUGACCAUUGCCAUAGUGGUAGUCUGGCUCGCCAUCAGGGGCCUGCCUUGGUCUUCUACGGAGGGUCGUCUCAGUGGAUCUGAAACGGUUCCAUGGUACCCUACACCUCUCGGUGGAACUAGCAGUCAGUGGAAAGAAAGCUAUGCGAAAGCACAAGAGAUGGUCCAGGCAAUGUCCAUUGCCGAGAAGGUCAACGUUACCACUGGGACGGGCUGGCAAAUGGGUCUCUGUGUAGGCAAUACCGGAACCGCCGACCGAGUCAAAUUCCCCUCUCUUUGUCUGCAGGAUGGCCCUCUCGGCCUUAGAUACGUGCACAAUAUCACGGCAUUCCCGGCCGGUAUUACAACCGGUGCCACAUGGAAUCGAGAGCUGAUGCAACAGCGGGGCUUUGCCAUCGGAAAUGAGGCACGGUUGAAAGGAGUAAAUGUCGUUUUAGGCCCGUCCAUGGGACCAAUUGGCUUGAUGCCCGCUGGGGGUCGUAACUGGGAAGCUUUUGGAUCAGACCCUGUGCUCCAAGGAGUGGCUGCGGCCGAGACCAUCCACGGUAUACAGCGAAAUGGGGUCAUGGCCACGGCGAAACACUUCAUUGGCAACGAACAAGAACACUUCCGCCAGGCCUUCGAGUGGGGACUCCCAGAGGCUCUGUCGUCGAAUAUAGAUGACCGUGUGCUGCACGAGGUUUUUGCCUGGCCGUUCGCCGAAAGCAUUAGGGCGGACGUGGCGAGUGUGAUGUGCUCUUAUCAGAUGGUCAACAACACCUAUGCCUGCGAGAACAGUAAAUUGAUCAAUGGCAUUCUCAAAGAUGAACUUGGCUUCCAGGGCUUCGUUCAAUCAGACUGGUUGGCCCAACGCUCAGGUGUUGAGAGCGCCAUUGGAGGCCUCGAUAUGAGCAUGCCCGGUGACGGCCUUCACUGGGCUGAUGGUAAACCACUAUGGGGAGGGGAGCUGACACGCGCGGCUCUGAACACCUCCGUUCCCAUGGAACGCUUGAACGACAUGGUGACCCGCAUCGUCGCUGCCUGGUAUCAUUUCCGACAAGACUCAUGGGAGCAACCUGGACAGGAAGGAGACGGUGGUCCAAACUUCUCCUCAUGGACCCAAGAAGAAGUGGGACGUCUACAUGAAGGAUCCCCUGAUAAUGAUGCCACUGGUGUGGUUAACAAAUAUGUUGAUGCGCAAGGUAAAGGCGCCCACGCACAUUCUAUCGUGGCUCGUCAAGUUGCGGCAGAGGGCACUGUGCUCCUCAAAAACGUCAACAAUACACUUCCUCUCGCACGGGACCACCCUGGCCUCAAUGGAAGAUAUAGGGUUGGUGUUUAUGGCGAGGACGCAGGUCCUGGUAAAGGGCCCAAUGCAUGUGCCGAUCGGGGGUGCAACCAAGGGACCUUGGCUUCCGGCUGGGGCAGUGGUGCGGUCGAAUUUCCGUAUCUAGUCAGUCCUUGGGAAGCAUUACAGCAUGCUUGGUCGACGGACACAGUUGAUAUCCGGGACCACUUAACAGACGCCAUCCAACCCGAAGACCUCGUGGAUCAGGAUCUCUGCUUGGUUUUCGCCAACGCAGACGGUGGCGAAGGAUUCAUCCGCAGUGAUGGAAUUGAUGCAGAUCGAAGCGACCUGUUCCUGCAAAAGAAUGGCACUGGAUUGAUAGAGGGAGUGGCCAAACAUUGCGGUGGUGGCCAAGGUAAAACUGUGGUCAUUUUGCAUUCCAUUGGCCCCGUUGUGAUGGAAUCCUGGAUUGACCUUCCCGGUGUGCAAGCUGUGGUAUACGCCAAUCUCCCCGGGCAAGAAAGUGGCAAUGCCCUGGUGGAUGUGCUUUUCGGCGAAGUGGACGCCAGUGGUCGACUACCAUACACAAUUGGCAGAAGUUUGGAAGACUACGGCCCAGGGGCUGAAGUGCUGUACCAACAAACAGAUCCUUCAGUCCCACAAGUCAAUCUCAAUCAGGGCCUGUAUAUCGACUAUCGCUAUUUUGACAAGUUCAACAUAACCCCACGCUACGAAUUCGGUUUCGGCCUGUCCUACACAACUUUUGAUUAUUCUACUCUUGGAAUUGAGAAAUUGCAGAAAAAGACCCAACACCCUUCACCUCGCCCGGGCAAUGAGGUCGAACCUCCAAAAUACGACACAAGGCCGCCCAAUCCAUUCACCGGCUUGUUUCCUUCUGACUUCCGUGUCCUCCGAAAAUACAUUUACCCCUACUUCGACUCUCUGGAGGGGACAGAUCCGGGCCCAUACCCAUAUCCCAAGGGAUACAAUACACCCCAGACACCAUCUGCUGCAGGCGGCGGACCAGGUGGCAAUCCAUCGCUUUACGAAGCCAUGCUGGAGCUCUCUAUCGAAGUCACUAAUACCGGUCCUCGGACAGGGAAAGAGGUGAUUCAGGUAUAUGUGUCUUUCCCAGAAGAUGUCGCCGAACAUCGCGGAAUAGGCUGGUCCCGGGAGACUAUAGAGUUCCCUAAACGUGUGUUGCGCAAUUUCGAGAAAAUCACCCUGCAGCCAGGGGAGGCCAAGACGGUCAAAUUGACAUUGACACGCAAGGAUCUUAGUUACUGGAGUGUUCGUGCACAGAAUUGGAUUCUUCCCACCGAAGGCAAGUUCAAGAUUUGGGCUGGACGGAGCUCGAGAGAUUUACCACUGGUGGUGGAGUUUUGA